AUUAUAUCCGUCAAGUUGUCAGCGCUUUUCGUUGUGAAAAGAGUGUUCUAUCACAUCUUUUUCGAUUUUGUGCCCAUCGAUAAAAAAAGAUUUUUUUGGAUUAAAACUGCGGAAAAAUGGCAUGCACUGCUCAUAAAACUCCACUUCUACGAACAGUUGCUGCUCGUGGAUAUGCUGCCCAAGCUGGUGCUAAGGUCGCCUCAAAGAAGAAUUACGAGGUUGAAACGACAACUUUACCAAAUAAGCUAGUUGUUGCAUCCGUUGAAUCCAACUCACCAAUUUCGCGUGUAUCAGUUCUCUUUCGUGCUGGCUCACGUAAUGAAAAUUACGAUAAUCUUGGCGCAACCCAUUUGCUUCGAGUUACAGCUGGGCUAUCCACUAGCAAUUCCAGUGGGUUCUCUUUAACCCGAAACAUUCAGCAAGUUGGCGGAAAUCUGUCUGUCACUUCUGACCGUGAAACCAUUGAAUACAACGUUGAAUUGACAAGAGAUAAGCUCGACACUGGUCUCAAAUAUUUGAACGAUGUGUCAAGCCACACAAUUUUCAAGCCGUGGGAAAUCUCCGACAAUUUAUAUCGUGUCAAAGAAGACUUAGCUAGAGUGACACCACAAGUCCGUGCCGUUGAUCUAUUACAUCGGGCUGCAUUCCGAUCUGGAUUGGGAAAUUCAAUUUUCUGUGCUAAACAUCAUAUCGGCAAAAUUUCACCGGAAACAUUGCAACAUUACGUAGCAUCAAACUACACAACUAACCGGGCUGCUGUUGUUGGUGUGGGCGUCGACCAUCAGUUAUUGGUUGGAUACGCUAAGAAUUUGGGUGUUGAUUCUGGCGCUGGAAAUCAAAAUGCUUCCAAAUAUUACGGAGGCGAUUUGCGCGUAGACAAGUCAGGCGAUUUAGCUCAUGUUGCUGUUGGUACCCAGGGAGCUGGUUGGGCUAAUCCAAAGGAAGCUUUAGCAUUUGCAGUUUUGCAACAAGUAGCUGGAACAGGACCAGCAACUAAGCGUGGCAAUUAUGGUGGCGCUUUGGGAAAACUCGUUUCGUCCGCUUUGGGAGACAAGCCAUUCGGAUUCACCGCAUUGAAUGCUUCGUAUUCGGACGAUGGAUUGUUCGGUUUCGUUUUAACAGCUGAUGGUCGCGAUAUCGGAAAGGCUAUUGAAGCUGCCGUUAAGGCAUUGAAACAAGGCUCAGUAUCGAAUUCUGAUGUGACCAGGGCUAAAGAACAACUGAGAUCAGCUUAUCUAUCGGUAUACGACACAGAUAGUGGCAUUCUAUCCGACCUUGGUCAACAAGCUUUGCUAGCAGGAAGCGUCACAAGUCCAUCCGGUGUGAUUUCACUACUCGAUUCCAUCACAUCAAGCGAUGUUAACGCGGCCGCUAAGAAAGUUGCAUCAGGCAAUUGGUCUGUCGGAGCAGUGGGAUAUCUGGCAAAUGUACCAUACGCCAAUCAGCUGUAAAUGUUUUGUUUCUUUAAAUUAAAUUUAAUUAUAAACUACCAUCGAUCGAUAAAUGCAACAUAACUUGGAAGUGUAUGACGACGAGGCGCUGGUAUGGUUUUUUUAUGCGUUUUUGAAUUAAUUGAUUUAAAAAAAAAAUCUGUAGAGAAAAUGAAACGUUCAAUAAAUUACACCAGUCGUACAUUGUGUAAAUU